AUGACGGGGCAGGGCGAGGAGGACGCGGCUGGAUGGAGCAGAGGAAGAGAGGAAGAAGAGAAAGGGAGGGAGGAGAGGAAGAAUAAGGGAAAAGGGACGGGGAACAAGCAGCAGUGGAGGAGACGAAAGCGACGACGGAUGGGCGACCAGGCCAGCCUGCAGCAGCAGCAUGGAUAA